ACACACAGACGCACAAUCAUACACAUCACACCCACACAUACUGGCAGCGCUCUCCCUGCUGGAAUAGGUGUGGGGCCAAGUGCUUGCCACACGGUCCCCGGAAGGUUCCCCUAAAUUCAGACGCGCAGAGCCCGUGGAGGACCCGCAUCCACAGAAGCUGGUGCCUCCCGGGCUCGCUCCAAGUGAGUCGCGCUGUCGUCAUUCAUUCGCAGUGUCCGGAGCGUCCUUCCUGCAGGCAGCUGGGCUUCGCCGGGGGAGCGAGUGGUCCGGACUCCGAGUCCUAAGGUUCGGUGAGCCCGGGACUUCUCAGUAGCUAGCAACCGAGUCGGCCCGGGAGCUCUGGUCCGCGCUGAGGAACAGCCGCGCCCCAGCCCACCUCGGCCAUAACUGUGGGGCCGAAUCAUCUCGAGUCGCCCUGCCUGUCGCCACUUCGGAUCCCGGGACUAAGCCACACCACUUCCUCCUCCUCCCGCUUCGCUUCUUCUUCCUCCUGUUCCUCCCGCCGCCGUGGGACCCGAGAGCGGCUGAAGAGCGGCGGCGGCGGCCCCGGCAUCACUAGCCGCGGACUCGCGGGGAGCCGCGGCGCCGGGGGGAGGAUGCUGCUCGCGGUGCCGGCGUCCUCACCGUCUUCCCCGGCCGCCCGCUGGGGCUUUGUUGUGGCCGGGGCGCCGCGGGCCUCUCCCUGGUAGAGUCGCUUUCCGCGGUCGCACCUAGCGGGCGGGCGGGCGCGCGUGUGCCCGGGAGUGCGCGCUUGUGCGUGCCUGUGUGUGCAGGACCCGGCCCGAGGCCCCAUUGUGCGUGCGCUCGCGGCGGCCGCGAACAUGUGGGUGAACCCCGAGGAGGUGCUGCUGGCCAACGCGCUGUGGGUCACCGAGAGGGCCAACCCGUACUUCAUCCUGCAGCGGAGGAAGGGGCAUGCGGGCGACGGAGGCGGCGGCGGCGGAUUGGCGGGCCUCCUGGUGGGUACCCUAGAUGUCGUCUUGGACUCCAGUGCCAGAGUUGCUCCUUACCGAAUCUUGUACCAGACUCCAGACUCUCUGGUGUAUUGGACCAUUGCUUGCGGUGGUUCCAGGAAAGAAAUCACUGAACACUGGGAAUGGCUUGAGCAGAACCUACUGCAGACUCUCUCCAUCUUUGAAAAUGAGAAUGAUAUUACCACGUUUGUGAGAGGAAAAAUACAGGGCAUCAUUGCUGAGUAUAACAAAAUCAAUGAUGUAAAGGAAGAUGACGAUACAGAGAAGUUUAAAGAAGCCAUCGUCAAAUUCCACAGGCUGUUUGGGAUGCCUGAAGAAGAGAAACUUGUCAACUAUUACUCCUGCAGCUACUGGAAGGGGAAGGUCCCCCGUCAGGGUUGGAUGUACCUCAGUAUUAACCACCUUUGCUUUUAUUCUUUUCUUAUGGGAAGGGAAGCCAAGCUGGUCAUCCGGUGGGUGGACAUCACUCAGCUUGAGAAGAACGCCACGCUCCUCCUACCUGAUGUGAUCAAAGUGAGCACGAGGUCCAGCGAACAUUUCUUCUCAGUAUUCCUCAACAUCAAUGAGACGUUCAAGUUAAUGGAGCAGCUCGCCAACAUAGCCAUGAGGCAACUCUUAGACAAUGAAGGGUUUGAACAAGAUCUAUCCCUGCCCAAGCUGAAAAAGAAGUCACCAAAAAAAGUGUCUGCUUUAAAACGUGAUCUUGAUGCCAGGGCAAAGAGCGAGAGAUACCGUGCUCUUUUCCGGCUGCCCAAAGAUGAAAAAUUGGAUGGCCACACAGAUUGCACCCUCUGGACUCCAUUUAACAAAAUGCACAUUUUGGGGCAGAUGUUUGUGUCCACAAAUUAUAUCUGUUUUACCAGUAAGGAGGAGAACUUGUGUAGCCUCAUUAUCCCACUCCGUGAGGUGACAAUUGUGGAAAAGGCAGAUAGUUCCAGUGUUCUCCCCAGUCCCUUAUCCAUCAGCACAAGGAACAGGAUGACUUUCUUAUUUGCCAAUUUGAAAGAUAGAGACUUUCUAGUGCAGAGGAUCUCCGAUUUCCUGCAACAGACGACUUCCAAAAUAUACUCAGACAAAGAGUUUGCAGGAAGCUACAACAGCUCAGAUGAUGAGGUGUAUUCUCGGCCCAGCAGCCUUGUUUCCUCCAGCCCCCAGAGAAGCACGAGCUCCGAUGCUGAUGGGGAGCGCCAGUUCAACCUGAACAGCAACAGUGUUCCCACGGCCACCCAGACCCUGAUGACCAUGUAUCGGCGGCGCUCUCCGGAGGAAUUCAACCCUAAACUGGCCAAAGAAGUUUUAAAGGAACAAGCCUGGAGGAUUCACUUUGCAGAGUAUGGACAAGGGAUCUGCAUGUACCGCACAGAAACAACUCGGGAGCUGGUGUUGAAGGGUAUCCCGGAGAGCAUGCGGGGGGAGCUGUGGCUGCUGCUCUCAGGUGCCAUCAAUGAGAAGGCCACACAUCCCGGCUACUAUGAAGACCUGGUGGAGAAGUCCAUGGGGAAGUAUAAUCUUGCCACAGAGGAGAUCGAGAGGGAUUUACACCGCUCCCUUCCUGAGCACCCAGCUUUCCAGAAUGAAAUGGGCAUUGCUGCGCUGAGGAGAGUCUUAACAGCUUAUGCUUUUCGAAACCCUAACAUAGGGUAUUGCCAGGCCAUGAAUAUUGUGACUUCGGUGCUGCUUCUUUAUGCCAAAGAGGAGGAAGCCUUCUGGCUGCUUGUGGCUCUGUGCGAGCGCAUGCUCCCCGAUUACUACAACACCAGAGUUGUAGGUGCACUGGUGGACCAGGGUGUCUUCGAGGAACUAGCACGAGACCACGUCCCGCAGCUGUACGACUGCAUGCAGGACCUGGGUGUGAUCUCCACCAUCUCCCUUUCGUGGUUCCUCACACUCUUUCUCAGCGUGAUGCCCUUUGAGAGUGCAGUUGUAGUUGUCGACUGUUUCUUCUAUGAAGGAAUCAAGGUGAUAUUCCAGCUAGCCCUGGCUGUGCUGGAUGCAAAUGUGGACAAGCUGUUGAACUGCAAGGAUGAUGGGGAGGCCAUGACCGUUUUGGGAAGAUAUUUGGACAGUGUGACCAAUAAGGACAGCACGCUGCCCCCCAUUCCCCACCUCCACUCCCUGCUCAGCGAGGACGUGGAGCCGUACCCCGAGGUAGACAUCUUCAGACUCAUCAGAACUUCCUACGAGAAAUUUGGAACUAUUCGAGCAGAUUUGAUUGAGCAGAUGAGAUUCAAACAGAGACUGAAGGUGAUCCAGACACUUGAGGAUACUACCAAACGGAAUGUGGUGCGAACCAUUGUGACAGAAACUUCCUUUACCAUUGAUGAGCUGGAAGAACUUUAUGCUCUUUUCAAGGCGGAACAUCUAACCAGCUGCUACUGGGGCGGGAGCAGCAAUGCGCCGGACCGCCACGACCCCAGCCUGCCUUACCUGGAACAGUACCGCAUCGACUUUGAGCAGUUCAAGGGGAUGUUUGCUCUCCUCUUUCCCUGGGCCUGUGGGACUCACUCUGACGUGCUGGCCUCCCGCUUAUUCCAGUUAUUAGAUGAAAACGGAGACACUCUGAUUAACUUCCGAGAGUUCGUCUCGGGGCUAAGUGCUGCAUGCCAUGGGGACCUCACAGAGAAGCUUAAACUCCUGUACAAAAUGCACGUCUUGCCUGAGCCAUCUUCUGAUCAAGAUGAGCCAGAUUCUGCUUUUGAAGCAACUCAAUACUUCUUUGAAGAUAUCACCCCAGAAUGCACACAUGUUGUUGGAUUGGAUAGCAGAAGCAAACAGAGUGCAGAUGAUGGCUUUGUUACAGUGAGUCUAAAACCAGACAAAGGGAAGAGGACAAAUUCUCAAGAGAACCGUAACUACCUGAGACUCUGGACUCCAGAAAAUAAACCUAAAUCAAAGAAUGCAAAGGAUUUACCCAAAUUGAAUCAGGGGCAGUUUAUAGAGCUGUGCAAGACAAUGUACAACAUGUUCAGCGAGGACCCCAACGAGCAGGAGCUAUACCACGCCACAGCUGCGGUGACCAGCCUGCUGCUGGAGAUUGGGGAGGUCGGCAAGCUCUUCAUCACGCAGCCUGCCCAGGAGGGCGGGAGCGGGGGCGGCGGGCCAUCCUGCCACCAGGGUAUCCCAGGCAUACUCUUCUCCAAGAAAGGGCCCAGCCAGCCUUACGGGGCGGAGUCCGUGGAGCCCCUCCCGACCAGCCUGGGGGCCGAGAGUGAGGACCACUCGCUGGGAGGGCAGAUGGAGGACAUUAAGCUGGAGGACUCCUCACCCCGGGACAAUGGAGCCUGCUCCUCCAUGCUGAUCUCCGAUGACGACACCAAGGACGACAGCUCCAUGUCCUCGUACUCGGUGCUGAGCGCCGGCUCCCACGAGGAGGACAAGCUGCACUGCGAGGACAUCGGGGAGGACACAGUCCUGGUGCGCAGUGACCAGGGAACCACGGCGCUGCCCCGGAGCACCAGCCUGGACCGGGACUGGGCCAUCACCUUCGAGCAGUUCCUGGCCUCCCUCUUAACUGAGCCUGCCCUGGUGAAGUACUUUGACAAGCCCGUGUGCAUGAUGGCCAGGAUUACCAGUGCAAAGAACAUCCGGAUGAUGGGCAAGCCGCUCACCUCUGCCAGUGACUACGAGAUUUCAGCCAUGUCGGGCUGACGCAGGAGCCUCCACCGGGGAGGGGGCGGCCUCGGAAGGGAAGGGACUUUUUUAUGUUCUUCUGUGUUGGGGUUCCUUUCUUUCUUUUAAAUUAAAUAUUUAUUAGUACCCGGCUGGAAGCCUGGUGUUUUCAUAGAAUGCAAUGAAAACUGUUGGAGACACAUGCAAACACCUCAAUGUAGGCAUAGUCCAUGCUCUCGUUCUUUGGGGGAGGGUGGGAUGGACCAGAAUACAGUUUAUUCAUUGAAUUCCAAAACAGAUGAAACUGCUAGUGAUAUGUGUGUAUUAUAUCUUAUUAAUCUUACUGUUGAGCUGUAUACAUGGUUAAAAAAUUGUGCUAUUUAACGCUAAAUAAGGUAGCAGUCAUUUGUGAAUUGGGGCUUUUCAAAUAAAAUUAGAACAGUAAGGAAAAUGAAAUGUCACAAACACAAGAAUGUUCGUAAAUGGAAAAGGCAUUGUCAGCUGGGAUAAGUCUGAUACCACAACAUUUAGGACACAUUAAAAUAUUUUUUAUGACCUUAAAUGAUAUUUCAUAAAAGUUCUCUAUUUAAAAAUCACAUUCAACAGAUGCUCCUCUUCAAGGGGAAAACAUUUAAGGAUCUAAACAAUUAUGAAUGUAUAAGUGGUUUUUACAUGAUGCCAGAAUAACAGUUUAUUUUAUCAAUUUGGACAAAUACCAAAUCAAUUCUGCAUUUAAAAUUAUUCCGAUUAUGGCAAAUGGACAGAAUUCAGUGAAAAUGAAUUGUCCUUUGUUACAGAGAAUCUGGAAGUGGCAGCAAAGAUAACGGAGGGUUCGAGUUUGUUUUUUUUUUUUUUAUGGAAGAGUAAAAGUACUUAUACUUCUGAUACUGGAUUUUCAGCUUCUUAUCAUUCAUUGCAAAUAAAGCAAAAAAUAAAACAAUAAGCUUUACCAUUUUCAUAAUCUCCAUAGAGUCAAGAAAUUGUAACAGUGUAUUGCGUUUGACCAUCUGUAGAGAUAAUGUAAACCGAGAAAAAAAAAAACCUGCAAGAUAACAUAACUGAAUGUUUUAAAACAAAACUUGUCACUUUAUAUAGAAGAAUAGUAUGCUCUGUCUAUUUCCUGAAUGGAUGUGGAAAUGAUAACUAGCACACCUGCACUUUGAAUUCCUGCUCUUUUUUUUAAUUACUAUUAUGGUUUUGUUUUUUACAGACAUUUUAGAUUUCUUCUUCUUACUGUUGAAUUCAUAAUCAUGGUCAUUUUUUUUUGCUUAUUCAGAAUACUCCUUUCAACACAUUCCUUUCUUUUAUUAUAUAUUGUCUUCAUUUCAACUGUUGCUGCUGUUUUCUAUCUUGUUUACAGAAUGAUUUUUAAACUGUCAAAUGAAGUAGUAUUAACCUCAAAUAGGAUAAAUGUGAACAAAUAAAAUACAUCAGA